CAUACACUCAGAGCUCACACAUCCAGAUCACCAAAGCUCGAAUAUCGAGACCGACAGAGCUCAGACAUCCAGAUCAGCAAAGCUUGAAUAUCCAGACCGACAGAGCUCAAAUAUCUAGAUCAGCAGAGCUUCAACAUCCAGACCAGCAUAAGCCAUUGGCAAUACACAAGGCACUCAUGUCUAGACAAUCCUAAGGCAAGAGAUAUAUACUUUAAGAAGACCAGAAAAAAUUGGCCAGCUGGAUAUAUUUUAUACAGAAAGAGAUCAAGGAACUUUUUUCAAAGAAAACAUCCAGAGACCCGAAAUAUAGUUAGGGCUCUGAAAUUCUUACUGUUUAAAGACAACAGGUAUACACAGUGCUUGGAACAUCUGAAAAUACCCAGCAUACAGAGAAUUGAAAGCAUCAGGUACAGAGAUAUUGAGCAGCCAAAAACCACAGAUACAAACAGAUCUACUCCAAGUCAUGCUACCUGCAACCUCCAAAUUGUGCGCUGCUAUAUCGUACAGACACCUUCGCAACAUGACAGGUAAAGCACAGAGAAGCGGGAUUGUGUCUUAUGUGAAUGGUAGUAACUGGGGGAUUAUAGGCUUAGCAUUAUAAAUAACUAUUCUCAGGAAUCAUAUUUUAAGAAUAUAGAAAUCCAGUUAAUAUUCACCAAUAAUAGACUGGAAUACACUUCGAGAUACUGUUAUUUGAAUUACACUUCAUGUAGAUAAUGGUGGCUGAUGUCUCCUGCAAGAUGCAAGACUCAUUGGAAUGCUGGCACUGGACGGUGUGGCUGGAAUUAAGCAUGAAUGUUAUAAUGAGCAAUGUGUGUGUACCGUUAAUACCAGUUGUUAUUUAUGUAUUUAUGUAUUUAAAGUUUUACCAGGAAAAGUGAAUUGAGGUUUCUCUUGUGUUCAUGUAUUGCAUGGAUCUUAAAUUCUGGCCCCUAGGAUGUUGAUACCCGACAAUUUCAAAAUUAUUUGAAUGCAGUUGAUGGCGAGAGUUGUAGUUUGUCAUCAUCAGGUGUACCAAUGUUUGAGAUGUCUAAUGUAAGGUAUGUUACGGAGACAUCUCUACAUGUAAAUUGUAGCCAUGAUUUGAGGCUUGUGAUGUAGCCUAUAAAGGAAUCCUACUUGAAUCUUAGGAACCACUUGGAUUCUUGAGUUGAAAGUGUCUUCUGAUUGGUAUUGAAAGCCUCUUAAAUUAGUGUUGAAAACCAAUGCCAUUAACUGCUUAUUGUAAAAAACAUAUGGGGCAAUUAUGUCCCAUUCUGUAUAAUGUUAUUUCCAAUACCUGUCCAUGUCAUGUGGACAGAUUUGAGUCAAUAUGUCUGAUUUUGGACUUUUACAAGAGGCUGUUAGGAAGAAGACUUCAUAAUCCAAAGGGCCAGUCGUAAUCUUAUAAAAUGGAAGUCACAUGUAGGCUUUAUAUCCUACAACUGAUUUGAAACACCAACUUUAGAAUGUAGAAUGUAGUGAUAACAUUUCUUCGUAUGAGGUUUAGUUAACUAACAGAUGAAGAUUCUGUCUUGGAAUAUAUUAUUUAUGAUUUCAACUUCAUACAAGAACUCAAGUUACUCUUUAUAACAAAAGGAUUUUUUCCCCCUAAUUUCCAAAUUCUAUGUUUCUCUGCUCUUCCUCUGUUCUUCUUGUUUAUGUUUCUGGACCCAGUGGAAAAUAUUCAUGGUCUUUUCAAAUGCUUUUUUUUUCUUUUGGACUUUAAUACUUCCUCUGCAAGGCUAUUCUAGCUACAAAAUGUUUGUUUUUUGGACUGGCAAUGCUUAGAAAGUGAUAUCUGUUGAUAUAUGUUAAAAACAAAGAAACAACCAAAAAGAAAUAGCUCAUUAUAUUAAAAUAUUGCUGGAACAUUUCAGCUGAUGGAGACACAACAUGUCUGCAUGUAUAGCCCUGGUAGAUAAUCUCACUCAUUUACAUGAAAUAAAAGAAAAUGAAUGCAUCAAUAAGAUUUGAUUUUGUGUACUUUUUACUUUAACUGACCUGAAAGAAUCACAGAGCUUCACUGCAUUAAAGCUCACAGCUCUGUGUGGUGAGCAUUAAUUAUGCUCACACAAAUGUGAGUUCAUGAAAGAAUGUGAAUAAACAUUGAUGGUUCAAUUUUUUUUUCAUUAGUAGGUCAUUCCACUCAGUUGCUCAGCAUACAUUUGACUUAAGUUAAUAUAAUAUGUUUAUGUUUAUAUAUGUCUCUAAUUUACAGAAACUCCUGUAGGAACAAUGUCUAUCUAUCCCUAAUAAAUCAAAAUUGAAACUUAUUUAUUAGCAUUAACCAUUGAAUGUAGACUAAAGGUGUUUAGGGAAAAUGUAGUGGUCAUGGUAAAGUGUAACAUUAGAUCAUUAAGAGGUUAAACAAUAUUACAGACAAAAAAAAGUGAAAUAAGUUCUCUUCCACAAGUAGUAUCUUCAAAAAUAUAUAUUUUUUUGUUUACUUUUUAGGCCUUAGAAGAACUGCAGCAGUAGUACUGUCACACGAGCUGGAGAAACUGGCAUUAGUAGCACCGGGGCCCAGCAAAUGGAUUAAUCAUGUUAGACGAAGAAGCUCUCUACUAAGUAAGUUUUGAUGGAACCAAUCAUUUUAUAUGCUAAGAAUAAUUGACCUCUCAUAAUUGUCUUUAACUGGGUGAAUGUUAAACUGGCAUUUCUAAAUUGCUAAUAUUGACAAACCACUGACUCUUUUAGGUUCCAGACUUGAGGAGAAGCUCUACAAUGACACUGAGAUGUCUUACAUCACUCAAGGUGAAGAGGCCAUAAAGAAAUCUAUGAGUAUCCUUGGAGACCAGGAUGGAUGGAAGCUUGAGAUUGUGGCGGUAUAAAUAUAUAUUUUUUUAUUCUGCAAUCACAUACUUAUUAGCACUAAGUUAGGUAUUUUUGUACUAUAUCAAUUCUUUUUAACUACUGAUAAAAAGGUUUCUUGAUUCUUACUCAUUCUUCUUGUCUUGUAUCGAAGAUGUUUAACGGGCUGCAUAAGCUUUAAAUAUAUUCUAAAAUAUGUAUCUUAAGUGUUUUUUUAUUGUUUGGAUUAUAUAGAACCUCAGCAAACAUCAUGGAUGUUCUGUACAGUAAUCUCGAAGGUGUGUUUUGUGCCAUAAAUUCAACAUGUUCCCUUUCUCAAUCCUGCAGGGAAAUGGAGAUAAAGUUCUCAGUAAAGUUUUGCCCGAUAUCGGUAAGGUCUUCAAGCUGGAGGCUGUUCUUGAACAACCAUUAGACAAUGUUUAUGGAGAACUGGUGGAUAAUAUGGAGAAAAUGGGAGAGUGGAACCCCAAUGUGAAAGAAGUUAAAGUAAGCAGCAUGUGGAUCUAUAUAAUGUAUAUUAGUGCGGUACUUGUAUUUGGAUUUGUCAUUUUCUUUGUGUCACUAAAGUAUCUGAUUUGAUUUACCAUCAGCUAUAUUUAUUAUUUUACUGUAACACUAUAACAGUGAUUGCAGUGAGUUUAUUCAUUACAUAGUGGGGUGCAAUUUGAAACCCUGAUCUACAAAAUGCAUGUGAAAAUUGCUGGUUUUGAACAAAAAAAAAUUCGAAUUUUUUUUUAUUCCUAGGUUUACUAUAAUGGUGUGAAAUAUGCUUUUUUUAAAUAUAUUUUUGGAGUAUUUAUGAUGUUUACAUUUAAAUAAUUAAAAAAAAACUCUGGUCAUUUGUAACCCUGAUAGAAGAUCAUACAGCUAAUCUGUCUUUAGAAAGUAUGCGUUCUAUAUAAUGCUCUGCUCAAUCCAAGAUCUCCUUUCCCAAACACCAUUCUUUAUCAUUAUAACCUUGAUGUCUCCAGGGUCCAGUGCAGGAUGAUAUGUUAAUAGUGCAUGGGCUAAAUUAAUGUGGACAUAAACUAUUUCUCCUCCAUUUAGUUAUAUACAGAUAAUAUGUUUAGUAGGUUCCAUAUUUGUAAUGGACCUUCAAUAUGGAAUGUACGAUGUUUUUAAAGGGAAAUAAUCUCCUUUCUACUCACACAAAGUGCAUGUAAUAUAUGUAUUAAUAGGGAGCAACUGACUUUCAACUAAGGUAGAUGCAACUUAUAUAUAGCCAAACAACAACAUAAAUAGACAGAGCAGGGAAAAUAAAUUAAUUGACAUGGUCCCUUUCUUAACUUGUUGUAAGUGAUGUUAUUGUUUGAUGUGUCUGUAUCUCUCAGUACAUAUCACCAUUAAUACAUUUUGAUCAUAAUGGCCAUUAUUGUGAUAAACACAGGACAAGUGUAGUAAACAAUGUAUGCUCGUACUUUGAGUUGUUUGCGUAAAAGGUGUUUUAAAGCUUAGAGAUUUUGAAAUCCUGUAUAUAUUUAUGCAUUUUAUUUUAUGCCUUAUCUUGCUUAAAGAGGGGGACUAUUAGGAAUGGCAGUUAAAUACAUUAAACAGGAGUCGUAUUCCAUUUCGAAAACAGAAAUGUAGACAAUAUUAUUAUAAUCAACCAUCAUUGGUCCUCAUAGGGUUAGUCAGGAUUAACUGAGUUCACUUGUACCUUGUGCUAUAUGGUGUUCACGUUCAUGUAUUUGUGUCCUGCAGACAUUUAGAGACAUAGAAGUUAGAACUAGUUUAUAGCUGAGAUAUUGAAAAUUUACCAUGCCUGUACUUGAGAAACAUUGUUUUUUAAAAUGAAGGAUUAUAAUAGUAUUGCCAAGAUUGUAAAUGAGAAAUGGUGAUAUAUUAUCUAGUUUGUAGCUAAGACACAGACCUGUCAUUAGGUGUGAAGAUAUGUUGAUGCUGCACAUAAUAUUUAAAUAGUACAAAGUAUAUUUAUGGAUUGGUUUGUAUUUACUACCAUGAAGUCUUUAGAAUUAACUGAAAUUAAAAAAUAUUUUAAAAAUUUCCAGCUUGGGCCUAUUGGCCAAAACUGAGAUUCCAUAGUCACUUUCUCAAUAUGGUUUUCUGAUGUACAAUUCUGAAAGAACAAUUAACAUUGCUAAUGAUUAUAGUGAUUAAUUUGGAUGGUAUUUCUGUGAACCUUACAGAUCCUCCAGAAGAUUGGAAAAGAUACAGUGAUAACACAUGAGAAGGCAGCAGAGGCAGCAGGAAAUAUUGUAGGACCACGUGACUUCGUGAGUGUAAGAUGCAACAAAAGGAGAGGGUCAACCUGUAUCCUCGCAGGGAUGUCGACGCGAUUCGGAGAAAUGCCAGAACAGAAGGGCUACAUUAGGUAUGCUCAUUACAUUCAUAUGCUGCAACAUUUUUUAAAUCAAGAAAUAGAAUUGAUAGUGAAAUGGUUGGAGAAUGCCUGUAAUCCUCUGUUGUUGAGUAGACCAGAAUUUCUUUUUUUAUCAAGAAAUAUAAUUGAUGGUGAAAUGGUUGGAGAAUGCCUCUCUUGCUAAAUAGACCAGAUCACCUGCGGUCUGUAAAUAAAGCUCUACCUCGCAUUAUAAGAUAUUCUACUGUAUAGCCAUUCACCAUUUCAAUAAACUCCCCCUUGAUUAUAAGCCAUUGAACAUCUUCUAAUUAAGUGAGCAUUUAAGGCACUUAUGCUCAGGCUUUGAGCUCAUACAUGGUAUAUUCUUGAGCAAUGUUCUUCAACCCUGCCAUGCUAGAAUUUAAUUAUAUCAUUGCUUUGGCACAGCUGAAUUAUCCCAAAUUAUACUGAUAGGACCUCGGGUAAAUAUUUAGGGAGCAGCAGUCCUCAAACUGCUUAUCAAGUCUGAGCAGAGAGUUGAACAGUGGUCCACAAGUAGGCGAUUACAUCACAAUGUUCUGUAUGAGUGAGGACUAUGGAUGCAAUAUGGACUGUUGGUGGUUGUUGAGGCUGGUUUGAGUUUUAUUAUGUGAUAAUGAUGAAUUAUUUGUGUAUUAUCUUAGAGCAGAGAAUGGCCCAACAUGUAUGGUUCUACAUCCUUUAAAUGAAGAUCACACAAAGACAAAACUAACCUGGCUUCUCAGUGUUGACUUGAAGGUAUGUAUCAAACAGAUAAAUUAUGUUCAUAUACAAGAAUAAAUAUAUAUCUUAAAAUGUCAUAUUUAGGAUGAGGGGUAAUAACAAUAAAGCACACAAAUGUAAAAUAUGUCAAUGGCAAAAUAGUAGAUUAAUUUUUUACAGACAUAGACAUGGAUUAUAAUUUAGUGAACUAAAGUAUUUAAGCAUAAAUAGCCAACCUUGAAACAUUCUCGAACAGAAUUUAGUGAAUAAUUUACUCUGUUAUUAAUUAUAAAGAAAUGCUGAAGAAAAAAAGGGAGAGGUGCAUGACAGUCUAGGCAUAAUAGAAGUUGUUUUUUUUUUGUUUGUUUGUUUGUUUGUUUUUUUUAACAAGGAUUGAACCCUAGUGUAUUUAGACAUUGAUCACAACAGGACCAAAGACCACUCUUACAUGUUAUAGUUGAUAUCUAGGCAUUUUAUACAAUGACUGGAUUUCCUUGUUGCCUGUCACAUGCUCUAAAUGUGUGCUCUGUGACGACAAUACAGUACAACACAAUUUCAUAAAAUUGCGUCUGUAGUGCCACCUGCUGCCUGUAAAUGUAACACUAGUUGUGUAUUUCAUGUAGCAUAUGGGUAAAUGGAUUGCUUACUAUGGAAUCUGCUGGGACCUGGAUAGAAUUCAGACGAUUAAAGGGACACUCCAGGCACCCAGACCACUUCUGCCCUUUGGAGUGGUCUGGGUGCCAACUCCCAUCACCCUUAACCCUGCAAGUGUUAUUAUUGCAGUUUUUAUAAACUGCAAUAAUUACCUUGCAGGGUUAAGUCCUCCUCUUAGAACACGAAAAGUGUUUUAAACGACACUGGACGUCCUCAAGCUAUGCAUGAGUACCUCCAGCGUUGCCGGAAUCCCCAUAGGAAAGCAUUGAGUAAUGCUUUCCUAUGGGGAGGUCUAAUGCCAUUGCCGCGCAUGCGCAUUAGGUCUCCCCCGGCGAUGUCUCAGGGGCGUAGCCUGACCCAGCGCCCAGGGACAUCAGCACUGGAUUCAGAUAAGGCACUAAAGGGGUUUUACCCAUUCAGCAAUAUGGGAUCGAUGGAGGGAGAGGGGCACUGCAGGGUUCUGCGGUGCCAGGAAAAUGGAUAUGUUUCCCUGGCACUGGAGAGUCCCUUUAAUCUAUAUAUAUAUACAUAUAUAUAUAUAUAUAUAUAUAUAUAUAUAUAUACACACACACAUACAUUUAAAUAUAAUUUUGCCGACUAUCAUUUGUAAGAUCUUUCGGUCCAUGAAAUUCAGUGUUAAUGAAGCAGGAUUAAUUCCUAGUGCAUUAAUCCAGGGAUUAACAAAUUUGCCUUCACUUAGCGCUGACAGAUGGGAAGAUUAGAAAAUUAAGCGUGACUUAGGGAACCAAGAAGUACACAUUCAAUCCUAAUCAGUUUAUUGAUAUAUAAUAUUUCACUCCUCUUCUUUGUUCUAGGGAUGGCUGCCAAAGUCCAUUAUCAACCAGGUAUUGUCUCAGACGCAAGUGGACUUUGCAAAACAUCUCCGCACCAGAGUAACAGCAACUCACCCCACUCUGUCUCAGAGCUAAUUCUGAUUUAUUCUAUUAAUAGUUGGGCUCUUCACUAAGAGUAGCCAGUGUCUCUCCAAAAUUAUUUCAUGACAAAGUACUUUUUUCUCUCUCAAAGAAAGCAGUAUUUAGAAAGAAUGGAAGUUAUCUGGCUUAGUGGAAUAAAUAAAAUGCUGGUUUGAGUAUAUAAAUGUGUCCUGCCUAGGUUCUGAGUGAGCGUUCUAGACUCUUCAACAGCACAACUUUUAGUAUCUGCAAAAAAUAGUGGACCACUCAAAAGACCAUGGGAAGGUUAGUGGUGCUACUGGUUAAGUGGACUAGGCCUUGCAGCAUAUUAACCCCUUAAGGACACAUGACAUGGGUGACAUGUCAUGAUUCCCUUUUAUUCCAGAAGUUUGGUCCUUAAGGCGUUAAACCAAUGUGGUAGCAGACCUACACUUUAACCAUGGUCGAUACUGGUGGCCUUUAAUCUAGGCCAUGUUGUUUUACAUUAUCUCCAUUGUAACAUAGUUUAGGAAUGCAUACAUCCUCUGCCAUCAGUGGCUCCUAGACAACCACUGAGCUGUAGUUUUAAAUGUUAAUGAGAUAUUGUACGCGCUCAUUAAAGGAGAUCCUUAAUACUAACGAGGUGGGUGAUCCCCUAACUUUAGGUCACAAAUGAUGAUAGGACUCAUUUGAUGAACAGUGAAUAUUGGUGAAAUGAAAACUGGAUAUUUCUACAUUUAGGGCAAAAUAAGCAAUAUGGCAAUAUAGACGAUAUAGCUUUUUAGCCAGCUAUCUCUGCAUUUAUUUUGAAAAUGUGGUUUUCUAAUCACUGCAGUUCCCCGCUUAGUAUUAAGAAAACAAAACAAACAAAAUUAAAACUUUCUAAUUCAAUCCAACUGACACUACAUUCCAAUUUUAAUGAAUUAAAAGGGUUAACGUGAAUUAUACAUCCUUUUAUCCCUUUGGGGAUUUUCCAUUUACUACUUGUCGAAACCCAGGGUAUAUCUGCAUUUUUCCAAGAAAAUCUACAACUUCCACUAUCCAUCAUGAGUUGGAAAAUUAUAGCUCACCCACCUUGUGUAAUUAAAGUGGGCUAUCCACUACAUGACACCUGUGGCUUUUACAUAAAGUAACCACUCAGUCAUCAGCCCAAAAUAUUCUUGAAAAAA